AUGUUCUUGGCUCGUAUAUUGAGUCUCUGGGCUGUAGUGACUGUAGUUGCAUCGCAGGAAAUGCCGUCGUGCGCGGCCUCAUGCAUGGAAAAAGGCAUCGUGGAUUCAUCCUGCUCCCCGACAGAUACACGCUGCAUCUGCGAAGACCCGGCUCUGCUGGAAAACAUCAGUGGCUGUAUUCUGGGGGCAUGCACGGUGAAAGAAGCGCUGACAUCGCAGAAUGCUUCGAAUACAAUGUGCGGAGUCGAGCCUCGCGAUAUCUCUCACAUCACGCCCAUCGUCACAAGUGUGUUUAUGAGCCUUGCGAUAGCUGCCACGGUUGUUCGGUGCUGGGAGUCGCGCCGGCACUUUGGGCCAGAGGAUGUUUUUGCUAUAUUGGCAUUGGUAUGGCACCAUGGCUAUGGAAAGGAUAUCUGGACGCUUCCAUUCGACAACAUUACGCGCAUCGUGAAGUUCACAUGGAUCCUGCAACUCUGCUACACGCCUGCCCUCGCCUCUACGAAAAUGGCCUUCUUGUGUCUGUAUCUGCGCCUCUUUCCGAGCGAAGGCAUCCGCCGCGCCAACUGGGUGCUGAUUGCUAUCAACAUCGUUUACUUCUUCGUCUUCACCUUCGGGAUUGCUUUCAACUGUCUUCCUGUCACGUACAUCUGGAACAAGUGGCACGGCGAAGCUAAGGGAUCAUGCCUCAACUUCAACAUAUUUGGUAUUUGCAACGCGGCAGUGAACAUUGCUCUUGACCUGGCGGUUAUUGGCCUCCCGCUCCACAAGAUAGCAGGGCUUUCUGUGAGCUGGUCGAGGAAGAUUAUGCUCUUGUGGAUGUUCGGUCUUGGAUUCUUUAUAACGAUAGUCAGUAUCCUGCGGCUCAGAGUCGUCAUCACCUAUGGAACAACCACCAACGCUACAUAUGAUACUGUCCCAACUUCCUACUGGUCUAUAAUUGAAUGCUUCACCGGCAUCGUCUGCAUCAAUCUGCCUCCGAUCCGUCGGUUAUACCGCAAAAUCGCCCACCUCUGCUUCGGAUCCCCGUAUACAGAAGAAGAGCAACUCUAUCGGGAUAUCACUCCAGGACGCUCGUCGUCUAGGAGGAGGAGGAGGAGGUCGCCUCUCGAGCUGUCGGUAUUGGGGACGAUAGAUACCACGAUUCGCCGCGAGAGCCCUGACAGGGAUACCGAGUACCUAAAACGUCCCGCCGCUCGUGAGCGAUGA